AUGAACAUGUAAUUUGAGUAACAAAGAGUGGCUUCUGUUGUAAAAAGGAAUUUACAGAAAUUUAAAAUACUAGUUGGUAAUAAGGAAAAGAAAUUUAAUGAUCUCUUAACUCCAUUUACAAAACUUGAUACCUUUAUUGAUGCUAAAUCUAUACUUAAAUAAAUAGUUAAGCCAUCUAAUAAAUUAUUGGAUUCAUUAACAACUAAUGAAAUAAAAAGGUAAUAAUAAUAAAGAAGUACUUUUGUUAAUGGAGAUUAUAAUUCUGAUAAUUUUUAUGAAAGUGUCGAUUUAUUGAUCAAUCAUUUAGAAAAAGAAUAAUCAGAAAUGAUAACUAUUGGAACUAAGAAAAUAACUUAAAGUGAAAUUCUUGAAUUCAAAACAAAACAUCCAAAUUAUGAAUUAGUUAGCAAACAAUUUGCUGAGCAAUCUAAGAAAUUGAUUGCUAAUUUGAAUAGACAAUCAACCAAAAUUUUUAAUAAGAAAUAUUCUUUGAUACAUCUUUCUCCUAGAUAAUCAAUUAGUAAUCAUAUUAUUUCUUUAACAUCUGAAAGAGAUCCUUCAUAAUCAAAAUAUAUUCAUUCUAAACAACUUUAAAUGUUAGAGUUAAAAACUUAAAAAUCUUCAUUAAAAAUAAAAACAGAACCAAAAUCUCAAAGAAACUAUAAUUAAAAAAUUUAAUAGCUAAUCAAUGAUAUAGAAGGUGUACACAAAUAGAUGACUGAUGAAACAGGUUAAUUACAUAAAAAGACCAGUAGAUUUAUUUUAAACUAAUCUAGAAGUAAUUCUAAAAUUGCUUAAUUCGACUAUCUUGCUUCUGAUAAUAAUUUUGCAUUUACAAAAAUUAAGAAAAGAAUAAUUUGA